AUGAAGAUGACCAUGGUUGCCUUUUCCGCCCUGCUGGCCCUGGCUGCCGCAGUGGACACCACCACGACUGCUAUGGCCCCAACCGUUACCAUGACUGCCGAGGCCCUGUGUGCUAAGAAGUGCAACGCAAACGAUGUGUGCUGUAUUGCCCAGUGCUACCACGUGCCCUGCCCCAGCGACAACCAAGCUAACGACACCAAUAACUGCGUUGCUGCUUGUCCUCAGGGCACCGGCUCGCCCGCCGACACCCAGAAGUAUGCAGACUGUGAGCAGCGAUGCUAUAGCUCGCACUUCUUGGCCACGACCUAUGUUGCUGCUGCUCCAACCGCCGCUAGCCCUGGCUCUUCCAACUCCAACAACAACAAUAAUAGCAACUCUGUCUCCAAUGCCAUGACUACUGGCGAGUCCACCAGUGAUGUCAGCUCUGGCUCUGGCUACACGGUUGUCACAGGCUUCCAGCAAGCCACUGCAACCAGCAGCUCUGCUACGUCCACUUCCACCGUCAUCACCCAGACCGGGGGUGCCGCUGGCCCUAUCAAGGGCGGUGCUUCCGGCGCUGGCCUUCUUGGUCUGGCUCUGGCUGCCUUCGUCCUCUAG